AUGCAGUUUUUUGAGAACCAACUCGAAGGUUCGCAGAAUCAUUUGUUCCGGAAUUCACAGUGUGAUGUUGUCCAGAACAGUCCUAUUAACGCAACAUUCUGCAAGUUUGAAAAUGUUAACUCCUGGUGGACGGAUAAAAUCACCGACGGUGGUUCCUGGCCACAUAACAAGCCUCCUUGCGACCUCAUGCAUCCCAACACUGCGGCGAAUAUCAACGAUGGGGCAUCUAUGAUCUAUGGCAUUACCCUGCCUCAAGUCAUUCACAAGCAGAAGGGCGCCUGA